CGCCCACAGAGUCCGAUGGCGGCGGCCGCGCUGAGGGACCCGGUCCAGGGCACUGUGACUUUUGAAGAUGUGGCCGUGUACUUCUCCUGGGAGGAAUGGGGUCUCCUUGAUGAGACUCAAAGAUGCCUGUACCGUGAUGUGAUGCUGGAGAACUUGGCUCUUAUAACCUUCCUGGAUGUUCAUCAGCACCCCAAGCAGCACUUUGGAGAGAAACGCUUCAGAAACAAUGUGAAUAGAGGUUUGUUUGUGAAGAGCUGCAAAUUCUACGUGUCAGAGGAGCCCUUUACCUGCGGGGAAGUUGGGAAGGACUUCCUGGCCAAGUUGGGAUUCCUCCAUCAACAGACCACUCUCACUGGGGAGCAUUCAAAUAGCAGAAGUGAUUGUGGGGCCAUUAGUAACAGUGGAAAAACUGAUUACAACUGUGGAGAAUACACAAAAGCGUUCAACCAUAAAUACACACUUGUUCAGCAGCAGAGAGCCCUCACUACUGAAAGAUGUUACAUAUGCAGUGAAUGUGGGAAAACUUUUAGUAAAAGCUACAGCCUCAAUGACCACUGGAGAGUUCACACUGGAGAAAAGCCUUAUGAAUGUGGGGAAUGUGGAAAAUCCUUUAGGCAAAGCUCUAGCCUCAUUCAGCACCGGAGAGUUCAUACUGGAGUACGACCUCAUGAAUGUGAUGAAUGUGGAAAAUUAUUUAGCAAUAAGUCGAACCUCAUUAAACAUCGGAGAGUUCACACUGGAGAAAGGCCAUAUGAGUGCAGCGAAUGUGGGAAAUCCUUUAGUGAAAGCUCUGCGCUCCUUCAGCACCAGAGUGUUCACACUGGAGAAAGGCCUUAUGAGUGCAGUGAAUGUGGGAAAUUCUUUACAUAUCAUUCCAGUCUCAUAAAGCACCAGAAAGUUCAUAGUGGAUCAAGGCCUUAUGAGUGCAGUGAAUGUGGGAAGUCAUUUAGCCAAAACUCUAGCCUCAUUGAACACCGUAGAGUUCAUACGGGGGAAAGGCCUUAUAAGUGCAGUGAAUGUGGGAAGUCCUUUAGCCAAAGCUCUGCACUUCUUCAGCAUCGGAGAGUUCACACUGGAGAAAGGCCUUAUGAGUGCAGUGAGUGUGGGAAAUUCUUUACCUACAGCUCUAGUCUCCAAAAACACCAGAGAGUUCAUACUGGAUCAAGGCCUUAUGAGUGUAGUGAAUGUGGAAAAUCCUUUACUCAAAACUCCAGCCUCAUUAAGCACAGGAGGGUUCACACUGGGGAGAGGCCUUAUGAGUGCACUGACUGUGGGAAAUCUUUUGGCCAUAACUCUAGCCUCAUUAAACACCGGCGAAUUCAUAGUCGAUAAAAAUCUUAGAAGUGGCAAAUGUGGAAAAACCAUUAACACCCUGGAGAAAGUCCUCAUGAGCUUAGUGAGUGUGAGAAAACCUUCAGCUGAAGACCUUAUCUCAUAAGUACUAUAAAGUUCACAUGGGAAAAACAGUUUUGCUAUGCAGGGAUGUACUGUUUCCUUGUUCAUUUUAACAACUCUCAAGGAGAUCCCUUAUGAGGGUGCCAUCCGCCUGAAUGGAACCUCAUAUGUCUGAACAUCUGCAUAAAUUCCAGGUAUGUGGGAGCUACAUUGCACUUUUUAUCUUGCCCAGAGAUGUUGCCAGGUUUAUGUCAUUGCUAAUUCUGUCGCAAAAGCCAUUUUUACCUGGCAGGUGCCUACAGUGUGCACCAUUCACCCACUUCAUUGUAUUCAGGUAAGUGAACCUUGGUGUUCUCCCUUUCAUGGGAGAAAUUACUAAGUAACUGAGCAUUUAUUCUUUUCUCAUUUUUUUCUCCCUGAGAAGUUAAGCCAUGGACCUGACCUAGUUUUGCCCAGACGACUCUGCUGUUGAUUUGGAAAGAUGGACUACAUAUUUCAGGAUAUUGUUGGUCUCAACUCUUUAGGUGGAAUUUUUCAGCUUCCAGAUUACCAACUAUGGGAACCCCCUCCUCCCAUUGCCCUGGUUUGUAUGAUAAUAAAGGCCUAUUGUUUAAGCCACCA